AUGAGUGAAGAAGCGUCCAAAUCUAACGCAACAAACGUUGAAACCGCUUCGGCGGUGGCCAGCAGUGAUGAGAAGAACUUGGUGGUCUCGUUCAUUCAGUUCCUUCGACAUAAAGUUUCUGUUGAUCAGUGUAGCGACGACCAGACUGAAGGACUCGAAGUUGCUGUACAAUGCCUUGAAUCAGUUUUUGGUCUCACCGAUGCCAAUUAUGCUUUCCAACCAUCGAAACCGCUUCUCGAUAUUUUUGUUGCUGCUGAAGGUCUUCCAACGGGUGAAACGGCGCUACCUGAACCAACUGAAGCUGAAAUAGCACAAGCUAAUAAACUCAAGGAAGAGGGAAAUGCGCACAUGAAGGCCUCUGAAUUCGAUGCUGCCAUUAAUAAAUAUAAUGAAGCUAUCAAACUCAACAGGGACCCGGCAUACUUUUUGGAAUUUUCAUCGAUGAACAUGGCGGCUGCCUAUUGUCGUUUGGAACAAUACGAUUUGGCCAUUCAAGAUUGUCGCACUGCCUUGGCACUGGACCCUCAUUACAGUAAAGCAUACGGUCGUAUGGGGUUAGCGUUAUCAUGUCAAAACAGAUAUGAACAAGCAGUUGAUGCUUAUAAAAAAGCUUUGGAAUUGGAUCCGAAUCAAGAAAGUUAUAAGAACAAUUUGAAAAUUGCUCAAGAUAAAGUGAAAGAAAUGGAGAGUGCUGCUAGGCAAGCAUUCAGUGCUGGAGCCGCAGCCGCCGCUGGAGCUGGACUUGGUACUGCAGAUGUAAGUGAUCUUUCUGGAGCUGGACUUGGUACUACAGAUAAUAUGACCGAGAUGCUGAAUAAUCCAGCUAUGAUGCAGAUGGCUUCACAGUUAAUGCAAAAUCCAAAUCUUCAAAACAUAAUGGCUCAACUGAUGAGUGGUUUGAUGGACCCUAGUGCCAGUGGCAGAGAGGGAGGUGCUUCUGGACUGAGCAGUCUCCUUCAAAUUGGGAAUCAGUUGGCAAGUCAAAUGCAAGCUGCAAAUCCGGAAUUAGUUGAACAGUUUCGGCGACAGUUCGUUGGAUCAAAUCCACCGGGUAGCUUUAUAGCAUAUUCACUGACUGAAACUUUUGGAGGGCAGAUUAUUGUUUUGUAG